AAAGAGACUUGGUUAGUUGAUAAAUUAUAUCUCGUUUUCUUAAUGUGGGCUUUCUUUUAAGGAGAGAAAGCAACCAAUUAUCUAUAUCAUUCAUCUAUUCAAACAGGCGUGAUAAAUCAGUGCAAGAAUGUAGAAAGUAGCUGUAGUUGCUAAGGACUCAAGUCAAGAUGGGAGAUCCGAAUUUUUCCAAGGCCUACAUUCAAAAUCUAAUAGACGAGUUGAAAACGUCCAAAAUCUACACCGACCUCCAAUUUGCUGCACAGGUAGAAAUUGCCAAACCAACCCUGAGGCUGUCUGAACUUAAAAAGGGAGUUCUAAAUGGUCUUGUAAACUCUGGCUGGGACAGAAAACUUAGGAAUGCAAUAUACAGGUUCCUCCAAACACACCCAAAACUUCAGUAUCCAAACCCACCAGUGGAACAUUUGAAGGAACCACUUGUCUUUCUAAGAAAAGCACAG